GCCUGGGAGACUCGGUGCUCAAGGAAGUUUUGGAUAAGAAACCGUGAUUUUUAUUGGAAUGUUGUCAGUGGAAAACAGAGAACGCGCUACAUAGAAGGAGGGUAUUAACGUGCGCAUGUGAGUGUGACUUGCCAUUUCAAAGAUAAAUUUGAAAGAAAUCGGUUAUUGAACCAAACCAAGCGGUUGACUCGUGUCGUGAUCGACGUUAGGUUUAUCACUGACACUAGGUGUACCAAGAAAAAAAAACGUCAGUGCGGAGAUACACAUAUCUCGCUCGUCUUCGAAAUCCAGGUGCUAAGAGUGCGAUACAUAACACAAGUCAUCCGCAUGUAUCCUAUAGCACUUUGCUACAUGGAUAUUGUAACAGCAAUGCCGGUCACCUGUUACCCGAUCAGAGACUUUACAGAACCACCGCUGAACCGGUUCACGCGACGGAAGUCAGUGUUCGCGGAGGCUUAUGACCCAGAGGAGGAUGACGACGACGGAGAGAGGGAUCAAAUGGGCGAGGUGCUGGAUGCGAUGUUCGAGAGGAAGGUGACAGCAGGUGAGAAUGUCAUCAAGCAAGGCGAUGAUGGAGAUAACUUUUAUGUUAUAGAAUCGGGCGUCUUCAAUAUCUAUGUGAAGACUGAUAGUGACUCAGAACCACGGUUAGUUGGGAAGUACGACAACGCUGGCAGCUUUGGUGAACUGGCACUAAUGUACAACCUGCCUCGAGCUGCCACUAUCCAGGCUGUAACCCCAGGAGCUCUGUGGGCCAUGGAUCGCCAGACUUUCAGGAGGAUUCUGCUCAAGUCCGCCUGCAAGAAGAGGAAAAUGUACGAGUCCCUCCUUGAGAAUGUGCCCAUGCUGAAAACCCUUGAGAAAUAUGAAAGGAUGAACCUGGCAGAUGCCCUGGUGCCCAAGGUGUACAGUCCAGGUGAGCAGAUUAUCAUGCAGGGAGACUCAGCAGAUGGCAUGUACUUCCUUGAGGAUGGCACUGUGCGCAUCACCAUGACCAACUCAGAAAACCAGGAGAAAGAGAUCAGUCGAGUUUCAGUAGGUGGAUAUUUUGGAGAGCUUGCUCUGGUGACCAAGAAGGCACGAGCAGCUUCAGUGUAUGCAUGUGGGAAAGCCAAACUUGCUUUCCUUGAUGUGGAAGCCUUCGAGCGCCUCCUUGGACCUUGCAUGGACCUGAUGAAGCGCAAUAUCGAAGAUUAUGAAAACGAACUCCUUAGGAUCUUUGGCUCGAAGGCUAACAUCUCUGACAUCCGAUGAAGAACCUCCUCAAGUUCGUAGCUCACUCGACGGUCACCAAUGUUAAUGCGUCUGAGGGUGGUAGGUGGUGGAAAGGGGGAAAGGGUUAGGGGGAUAUCUCCUCAUCCAUCCUAAACCAAGGUGAAAAUGAUGACCAAGAAAAUUGUGAAGGAGAUAUUUGAUAAUUCUAAAGAUGAUAUGAGGAGGAGGAGGAAUUUAAGAAAAAUUGAAAAAGAGAAUGAAUAUAUAUGACUAAAAAAGAUGAUAGUUGUAACCAUGUAGCUCAUGUUAGCUUUGGAUUCCUUACUUUUCAUGCCUUUUGGCCUAAGUGAACAUAGAGGUUGAUUAAUAUCUCCUCUGGGUUUGUGAAUGGCUGCUUUCUCUCUCUCCAGUAAAGUAAACUGACUUUCUGUUCUCAUUUUUCCCCAGCUGAUUAAAACAAAACAAAAAAUUACUUGAUUUGGGUGAUUAGAACAUGUUUUCCUGUUUGGCAGUGCUAUAUAUGUUAUUUUUAUUUUUAAUGAUUAUGAAUUUAUAUUACAUUGGAUCCUUGGCUGUCAUAUGUGUUAAUAUAUUGUUUCCCCUGUAAAAGAAUGCAAUUUUAAUUCUGAAUUCCAUAUACAGUUUCUAUAGAUGGGACACCUCAGUUGCAUAGAGCAAUCUAUAUAUAUAUAUAUAUAUAUAUAUAUAUAUAUAUAUAUAUAUAUAUAUAUAUAUAUAAUAUAUAUAUAUAUAUAUAUAUAUAUAUAUGAAUAUAUACAUUACAUAAAUUAUAUACACAAUCUAAAAUUGCACCUCAGAAACCUUUGUAAAUUACCAAGAGCUUCCUUAGGUGCAAGUUUUUUACUUUUAUGUUAUAAUGAUUUUUCUAUGUUUACCUCUUGCCUUGAGGUUGUCCCCUAUUCUUGAUUUUUUUCCAUUUGACAAAUGAGAAAAUAUACAUAAAUAAAAACAAAAAAGAAAAAAAAUCGUUCUUCUAUUCUAAGAAGGAAUUAUUGUCAUUCUUACCUGUGGUUAUCUGUUAACAUUUAUGUAGAUUACUGUAAUUUUGUCUAGUGUAUAGAACUUGUGUUUUCUCCUCUAUUUUAAUUCAUGUUGGUGAACUCCAAGUCCCUGUAAAUUCUUGUGUGAUUUUUUGCCCUUUGAGAGGUGCUACACUUAAGAAUUAUACAUAUAUCAAAACUAUUAUUAUGUCUGGCCUAUAAUGUACUUUUUUAAAAACCAGCAUACUUUCAUAAAUUUUGAGGGGCCAAAAAAAACAAAAAAACAAAAAAAAAAACAAAAAAAAAAAUUAAAGUGAGAAUGGACAGAAGAAAAAACAAAAAUAUAAGUAAAAUUGUGUAAUAGCUAUAUCUUUCUCUAUAUUUUUUCCACGUUACUUAAGUUCUCAUUAAGGAAGAAAAGAGGCCUUUUUUUUCAAUGGUUCGGGUGGUUAUGUGUAACAGAAAAAUAAGAAAAAAAAAUUAUAUAUGUGCCUCGUCUUUAAUUUCUCAGGAUUUACGUUUUUUUCCAAAAUCACUUUUUAGUCCCCUGCAUCAUAGUCUGUAGACAAUUAAAUGUACCCCAGUAAAAUGGUAGAGUC